AUGUCUCAGCCUGCCAAGGCCUCGGCUACCACGGCGGCGGUGAACCCAGGGCCCGAGGCCAAGGGGAAGGGAGCCCCGCCCACUGGACCAGCCCCCGGCCCCGGCCCUGCCCUCGUGCCAGCAUCCGUGCCAAUGCCCAGCGCCAAAGUGGGCGACCUGCCUCCUGGGAGCUACCGGCUGGUGAUCUUCGAGCAAGAGAACUUCCAGGGCCGCCGGGUGGAAUUUUCCGGGGAGUGCCUGAAUCUGGGGGACCGUGGCUUUGACCGAGUUCGGAGUCUCAUCGUCAUCUCAGGACCCUGGGUGGCCUUCGAGCAGUCCAACUUCCGCGGGGAGAUGUUCGUCCUGGAGAAGGGCGAGUACCCGCGCUGGGACACGUGGUCCAGCAGCUACCGCAGUGACCGGCUCAUGUCCUUCCGUCCAGUCAGGAUGGAUGCCCAUGAGCACCGGAUCUGCCUGUUUGAGCGUGACAACUUCAAGGGCAACACCAUGGAAGUCCACGAGGACGAUGUGCCCAGCCUCUGGGUGUACGGCUUCUGUGACCGUGUGGGCAGCGUGCGGGUCUCCAGCGGAACCUGGGUGGGCUACCAGUACCCGGGUUACCGUGGAUACCAGUACCUGCUAGAGCCCGGGGACUUCCGGCACUGGAACGAGUGGGGCGCCUUCCAGCCGCAGAUGCAGGCCGUGCGUCGCCUGCGGGACCGGCAGUGGCACCGUGAAGGCUGCUUCCCCGUGCUGGCUGCUGAACCCCCGAAGUGAG